AUGGUAACAUACACGAAAUGUUGUAAACCUUCUAAAUUAGAAGAGCAAGAUCAUCCAGAUUGGAUACCCUCAAAGAAGAUGAGUUACGUUUCUCGUGCCUCAAAUGAUGAUGGUGAACGAUACAAGAGGAGAGCUAACAGAAAAGUUCCCUUGGAUACCUCAACCAGUGCCACUGAUGUUGAAAUGGAUUUAGAUGAUGGUUUCCCAACUCAUCAAGACAUGUCGGUUCAAACAGAUCUCACGAUGAGCGAACUGAAUGUCCAGGAGAAAGUACUGCAAGAUUUCCAAACAGAGCUGGGAAAGACCAAGCAAAAAUUAAAAAAAGUCACCUUAGAUGAGAGCUCCUGGAAAGAAGACGAUGAACAAGUGUACUAUACCGGAUUCCCUACAUUUGCCCUUCUGAGUAUAGUGUUCAACGUUAUACAGCCACAUCUAAACCAAACGCAAAGAUCUGUGCUGAACAAAUUUCAAAAGUUCAUUCUGACUCUCAUGCACCUAAGACUCAAUUUUGACUUCAUUGAUUUAGGGUACAGAUUUGGUGUGUCAAAUUCCACUGCCUCAAGAGCCUUUGACGAUUGCUUGUAUGUAAUGUACCAAAAACUUCAUCGCAUGGUGUUCUGGCCGAAGAGAACAGAACUAACAAAAAAUGUCUCCUCAUCUUUUGUAGAUGCCUUCGGCAAGAAAGCAAUCAUAGUCAUUGAUUGCUUUGAGAUAAAAAUUGAGAGGCCCUCAAAUAUUCUAGCAGCUGCACAGUGCUAUUCACAUUACAAGCAUUCAAACACUGUGAAAUACCUGAUUGGGAUCUCGCCUCAAGGAGUUAUUUUAAGCUCAGCUGCAAUCUUCUGCAGCUCAGCAAGGGUUUUACUUAAGUGCUCCUCUGCAAAAAGAUUACCAAGGCACAAGUAA